UUCUAAGGUUGACACAUGUGAUUAGAUUUGUCAAACACAACAACAGUGUUCCACUUCCACUUCAACUCAAACUUCUCUCCGACAACAACAUGUCCAAAGUAGUCUGCGUCACCGGCGGCAGCGGAUGCAUCGGUUCAUGGCUCGUUCAUCUCCUUCUCCACCGUGGCUACAUCGUUCACGCCACCGUCCAAAAUCUCAACGAUGAGAACGAGACGAAGCAUCUACAAGCUCUUGAAGGAGCUCAAACUAAUCUCCGUCUCUUCCAAAUUGACCUCCUCAACUACGACACUGUCCUCGCCGCUGUUCACGGUUGCGAUGGAGUUUUCCACCUCGCUUCGCCUUGCAUUGUAGAUAAAGUUCUUGACCCUCAGAAGGAGCUUUUGGAUCCUGCAAUUAAAGGGACUUUGAAUGUGCUUACUGCGGCGAAGGAAGUAGGGGUGAAGCGAGUGGUUGUUACUUCUUCUAUCUCUGCUAUUAUACCUAGUCCUAAUUGGCCUUCUGAUGUUGUAAAGAGAGAGGAUUGUUGGACUGAUGUUGAGUAUUGCAAGCAAAAAGAGUUGUGGUAUCCAAUGUCCAAGACAUUGGCUGAGAAAGCUGCUUGGGAUUUUUCCAAAGAAAAUGGUUUGGAUGUUGUUGUGGUGAAUCCUGGUACUGUGAUGGGCCCUGUUAUUCCGCCAAGGAUUAAUGCAAGCAUGCUCAUGCUUGUGCGACUUCUUCAAGGCUGCACUGAAACAUAUGAAGACUUUUUUAUGGGAUUAGUCCACUUCAAAGAUGUAGCAUUGGCACAUAUUUUGGUGUAUGAGAACAAGGAAGCAACUGGCAGACAUGUGUGUGUUGAGGCUAUCACUCACUACGGUGACUUUGCGGCAAAGGUUGCUGAACUUUAUCCAGAAUAUAACGUGCCUAAGAUACAACGAGAUACACAACCUGGACUGUUGAGAGCAAAGGAUGGAUCAAAGAAGCUCAUGGAUUUGGGUUUGGAAUUCAUUCCGAUGGAGCAGAUUAUAAGGGAUGCUGUAGAAAGCUUGAAGAGCAAAGGACUCAUUUCAUGAAUGUUAUUACUGUUAUCUGGAACCCAAGUUACUAGAGUAGACUAUAUAUUGAUGAUGGGUGUAUGAGUACUUACUACUUGUGCUAUGAGUUGAGUUUGUAUAAUCUGUUUUCUCAAUGCUUAUAUGCAAAGUAUCUCCAACUUGAAUACUUAUUAUAGUUAUUCUGAGUUUCAUAAAUAAAAUGUGAAUUAAAUAGUGAGACAUUAA